AGAUAUUUCACUUCCUUCCUUCAAAAUUAAAAGUAUCUUAGCGCUUCUUCCAUAAGGCACUUAAAAAAAAGAAAAGAAAAAAUAACUCCCAAAUUUUCAAAAUCCCUAAAAAAUGGCGAGAGAGAUCCCAAAAUCGAGCAAUUGGACCAGCAGCAAUGAAGAAGCCUUAAUCGGAAGCGAAUGCUCUGAUCCUCAACAAUCCUUCUUUCGCGACCGAUUUUACGAACUUUACCCGCCGGAGUUCUCAAGAAAGCUUGUGGCGGAGGUGAUUGCGACGUAUUUGCUUGUGUUCGUGACGUGUGGAGCGGCGGCAUUGAGUGUUAGUGAUGAACGGGAAGUGUCCAAGCUUGGUGCGUCGAUUACCGGCGGACUGAUAGUCACGGUGAUGAUUUACGCCGUUGGACAUAUCUCCGGCGCUCAUAUGAAUCCGGCGGUUACUUUUGCUUUUGCUGCUGUUCGCCGAUUUCCUUGGAAUCAGGUUCCAUUAUAUGCAGCAGCUCAAUUAAGUGGAGCUACAACAGCAGCCUUUACAUUGCGCAUAUUAUUGGAUCCAAUUCAAGAUUUAGGUACAACUUCACCUUCUGGACCAAUCUUUAAAGCACUUCUUAUGGAGAUUGUUGUCUCAUUCUGUAUGAUGUUCGUCACUUCUGCGGUUGCUACCGACACAAAAGCUGUAGGAGAGCUUGCAGGCAUAGCAGUGGGGUCAGCUGUAUGUAUCACAUCCAUCUUUGCUGGGCCUAUAUCGGGUGGGUCGAUGAACCCAGCAAGGUCAAUAGGACCAGCGAUUGCAAGUUCACGUUACGAAGGGAUUUGGGUGUACCUGGUCGGCCCAGUUGCAGGGACAUUGCUAGGAGCAUUUUCAUAUAACUUCAUACGAGCCACUGAGAAACAUUCUCGUUCACUUUCUUUACAAUGAAUCGGAUUAUGCUGGAUGUUCAAAUCAUAUCAAUGAGUUUAAUUAUUGUAUAAUUUGUGUAUGUUGUAUCAAAGCUGUAACGUUUAAUUUUAAGUCGUAUUUUUCUGUAUUUUUUUUAAAAUUUUUUAAGGUAAGGUUAGAUUUAAUUUUCAGUCUCUUUUGCAUUUUUUUUUAAGUUGAGAGAAUAAUGGAUCUGAAAUAAGGGAUUCAUUGUUAUUUUACAAUGUGAGCUUUGGUCUGAGUUUUGUACGAUAAUCAAUCAGAAAUUUAUUUAUCCUUUUCCAA